AUGAAAUACUUAACUUCUGUAGACAUUCAGCAAAAAGUCAACGAAACAGGAUUUGAUUGGAGAACUGGUGUUGAAGUUAUUGAAACUCUAGUUGGAGCUAUAAAGUAUAGUAUUAAUAAAAUCAGAGUAUUACAAGAUGAUUCAGAAAGGAAAUUUAUACUUGAAGGUUCUGCAAAAGAUAAUGACUCUGGAAUAGUUAUAAUUCCAAACUCAGAAGAAACUAUACAAAAUAGUGACUCUAAAGUAAUUUUAGAGUAUACUGAAAAUAUAAAAGAGGUUUAUAAAGAUAAUGAUAUUGUUAUUUUUGAAGAUAUCUAUAAAACUCUAAACGAGAGCAACUAUAUUAAUGAAACUCCAGUUCAGACACCUCUUCCAUCACCAAUACUAUGUGAUAAAAUUGGAAAUAUUAUAUGUUUAUCACAGAAAUCUGUGAGUGUAAAUACAUCAUCAAGUGCUACAUAUUUAAGUAAAAGUCUUGCCUUAAAAAAGCGAAAGUUAAUUGUUCCACCUGUAGCUCGUGCAAGAAGAUGUAAGAACAGCAUAUUAAGCAAACAUGAAGGCCUAAAAUCAUUUGAUCUUGUUUCUCCGAAAAGGAAGCUAAAGCUUAGGGAUGGAGAUGUAUCUCGAGAAUAUCCUGUUUUUCGAGAUGAAGACCUUGGUGUUUCAGAUAAUACUGAUGAGAUAUUGGCAGUAUCAGAAAAUAUUCAUAAACAGGAUGAUGAUAGACAGACUACUAGCGAAAUUCAAGAGUGGGCAAUCGGGCUUGUCCGCCGAUACUUGGGUGAAACUACAAAAUUAGUUAAAGAAGAGAUCUCGUCAAAAUCAAAUAGCAAAUUACAACGUGUUAGAGCUCUUCGUCAAAGAUUUGGUUUCUCAACAAAGACAAAAUAG